AUGUAUAAAGGGACCUCAUUUGUGAAAAGAACACGAGGGAACAAGAUUGAUAUUCAAAUGUGGGUGAAACCUGAAGGAAAAGAUGGCCUUUUAUUCUGGGUUGGCAAAGAGCAACAUUCAGCUUUCAGUGACUUCCUUUCUGUUGGUUUUGUUGAUUCCUUAUUGCAGUUCCGCUACAAUUUGGGAAGUGGAGAGGUUACCAUUUCCUAUAAUGCUACGAAUUUCUUUGAUGGAGGAUGGCACUUUAUUCGCAUGCAGAGAGAUAAACAAGACGGUUACCUGUUAGUGGACAACCAGUAUGUGGUGGAGGGAAGUUCACCUGGAGUCUUUGUAUCAUUGAAUACUGACAAAAAAGUCUACAUUGGAGGAAUGCCUGAUAUUGUGCAUCAUACUAGACGCCGAUUUAAAAAUGGUUUCAAAGGGUGCAUCACGGAUGUCACUCUUGGGACUGACAUGAAACUAGACCUGAUCAAUGAAGCUGAUGUCGGACAAAAUGUCUGGCAAUGUUCAUAA